UGUGUUUCACAAUGCUCAUUUUGUCAGGAGGAGAGCGUUGCUGGAUACUCCCUCAGUUCACGGCAGAAACAAGGGAAAAAGGAACUCAAGGAGGUCAGAUUUUGGUGCUGCAGAGGGGAAAAUAAUUUCAUCUGUGGAAAGAUGAAGAGAGCUUUGUCAUUUCUGAUCACUCUGUAUGUCUCAGUGCCUAUCGCAUUAUACCUGUUCCCGUGGAUAUUGGGCCAUAUCAUAUUUGCUCACUUGUUGAGGCUUCCAUUCUCGGUGGAUCUCAGCAAACCUGAAGAAGUCCUGAACCACACGUGCAACUUCUACCUCGACACUGAGGAAGGCGUCUCAGUGGGUGUGUGGCAUACACUCCCUGCCAGCCAAUGGGAGGCGGCCGCUGGGAAAAACCCUGAGUGGUACCGAGAGACUCUGGGAGACGGCAAUCCUGUUAUUAUCCAUCUCCAUGGCAACGGAGGGACCAGGGCCCUCCAUCACAGGUUGGAACUUGCGAAGAUUUUAAGUGCUGCAGGGUAUCACGUCUUUAAUUUUGACUACAGAGGCUAUGGAGACUCCACUGGUGAGCCGAGUGAAACAGGCCUGACCACUGACGCCCUCUAUGUGUACAACUGGGUAAAGAAGCAAAGCGGUGGAAGUCUUGUCUGUCUGUGGGGACACUCGCUUGGCUCUGGGGUGGCAACCAAUACUGCAGUGAAAGUGCAAGAGCAAGGGUCUAUGGUUGAUGCUGUAAUUCUGAGUGGUCCAUUCACAAGAAUUGGAGAAGUUAUAUUGAGCCAUCCGCUGGCUAAGAUGUACCUGUUCCUUCCAGGGUUUGAGAGCUUGGUUUGGAACAUUUUGGAAAUGAACAACGUAGUAUUUCCUAAUGAUGAAAAUCUAAAGACCAUGACCAGUCCACUACUUAUACUGCAUGCAGAGGAUGACAAUAUUGUUCCUCAUCACAUGGGUCUGAAGCUGCAACAGAUAUCACUUCAGGCUCAGAAAGAACACAAUAAAGAUGUCCACGUUCAAAUGAUCUCCUACAGUGCACAUCUCGGAUUCUGCCAUGACAAAUUCCACUUAGAUCCCAAUCUGUCAAGCGCGGUUGGGAGAUUUCUACAAGCCCUGAAACAGCAGAAGUAAUUCAAGAGAGUUCUGCAGUUUGGCAGCUUUGCAUUGGCUGAAGCUCUCAUCUUCAAUUGUCAGCCUCUAUUGAGGACAUUUUGCAAAACAAUGUCCAAUAAAUUCUGAUAUCAUAAUUUAUGUUUGCCACUCAGUUCUUGUUUAUCUUUCCAAAAAACUGAAACAAAAGCACUUCAGGCUCAUUAUAUAUUAAUAUUUUAUUUCAAAACUUGGAAGAAAUACUGUAUAUCAGCAAUGAAAAGUGCUCAUAUUUUUUUUCCUAUGACAAGUUAUAUUGAAAGAGAGAGAAACAAUGUGACAUGAACAGGGUCAAGUAAGAUCAGCAAAUAACAUGUUAGCAUUAGUUUAAACCUGCCUGCAGAAUAGACAGGCGUUGUCACACAGUGCACACAGCAAACUCACAGGAAUGUAAUUAAAAAUUCAGUUCAGUCAGCUGCUCUGGUCCUGACAUCCUACUGAAUUCUUCAAAUGCAGAAAGCCCCCCUCCACCCAUCCUGUACUCCAGGAAUGUUCAAUAUGAGAAAAUUGUUUGCAAGUAUUUGACCUCUCUCUCUCUUUCUCUCUCUCGCUCCACAAUGACUUUUGGUUUAACUGCAUGUGUUGAAGCUGAAGGGUGUAACAGACGUGUAUCAAUGCAAGUGCUUUAACAAUAAAGAAAAAAUGAA